AGUCCCAGUCUAAUGCUGGCUAAUUUACUAGCCGAGGCUAUCCGUCUCUAUGGUCUCUACCGCGUCGCGGAGGACGAGGAACAGCGGACCCGUUUCAAGUUUGAGCUACAUCGUAGUGAGGUUCGAGGCGACCUUGAGAACAUCCUCUCUCCCCUACGCUUCUCCAUCAAGCUUGGUCCAGUGGUGGAACAACAAUGUACUGUAAAACGCUCCAAAAAGCGCCCCCUUUGGAUAGCGUGGGCCAAUCCAGACAACCUCGCAUCCCACCACCACAUGAUUCACCAACUUCUCUUCAAACACGGUGAUGAUCUGCGACAGGACAUGCUCACUCUCCAGAUUCUCAAGGUGAUGGACCACAUUUGGAAGGAGGAAGGUUUUAACCUUGAUCUCACCACCUACGACUGCCUUGCCACAGGCGACGAGAUGGGUCUCAUCGAGGUGGUGCGCAACUCGCAGACCAUCAUGUCUAUACAGGGUCAGCGAGUGCGCUCCGCAAUGCAGAUUGACUCUUCUCAACUACACAAGUGGUUCCUCCAGAAGAAGGCUGCUCCACUGGGAUCGGAGGAGGCCUAUGAGGCAGCCAUUCGGCGAUUCACAAACAGCUGCGCAGGCUACUGCGUGGCAACCUUUGUACUGGGCAUUCGCGACCGGCACAAUGAUAAUAUCAUGGUGGAUGAUUCGGGUCGCCUAUUUCACAUCGACUUUGGUCACAUUCUUAAUAACAAGAAGAAGAAGUUUGGCAUCACACGGGAACGUGUACCGUUUGUGCUGACAAGUGACUUCGCUUGUGUCAUUGCUCGAGCUGCCACUGCUCAGUGGCCGUCACAAUGGUUUAUUCACAAUUUUUCGGCUUGCUAUUCAUCCUCCUCACCCCCUCCCCUCCUUUCCCUUGCCUACAUAUUUGCAGCCCACGUGGCUUACAUUGCAUUAGAGACUGGAUCACCGCUUCGAGUGGGUGUUGGGUCAAACUUGAAGUGGGAAGAGAAGCCCUAUCGAAGCAAGGGAUUCAUGGAUUUCACACGGCUGUGCGGGGAUGCAUACCGCAUUCUGCGGCAGCAUUCAAAUCUGCUCCUUACCCUCCUCGCCAUGAUGGUGCCCUCCGGUCUGCCCGAGCUCACUUGUGCCGGUGAUCUGGAGUACGUGCGCAAGACGCUGGCUGUGGAGCUGCAUGACGAGGAGGAGGCGCUGAACUACUUCAACGCUAAGUUCAACGAGGCCUACAAUGGUGCGUGGACUACAAAAAUUGACUGGUUUGCCCAUUGGGUGCGCCGAUGA